UUGUAGUCCCUGUGGAGAAAAGUCUGUUCCCUGUCCAUGCCACCUAGCCCUGGCAGAGGAGGUGGCCCAUGUUCCCUGAAGCAGGGGUCCUUCUGCUCCAGCCAGCUUUGGAUGUUCGUGGGUGGCACAGGGAUGAUUAAUAUAUUACAUGGUGUACUUCUAGUGACUGCCUAUGACUGCAGAGCUUAUCUGAGGUUUAAACAUUAAUUCCAGCCCUCUGGGAAGUCUGUCCCGGCACUGUCCUGUCCCAGACACAGCCACCAAUGUCAGGUGUCGGGGAAAUUUUGAAAGUAGUUGGUGAUUUUGGGCGAUUCCAGAAAUGCCUGGUGCUGCUCUCCGUGAUCCCUUGCAUCAGCGUGGCUUUCCACCAGUUCUGCCAGCUUUUCAUGGUCCCGUACGUGCCUCACCACUGUGACACCAGCUGGAUCCGCGCCGUCGGCCCCAACCUGACGGAGGAAGAGCAGCUGAACCUCACCCUGCCCCGCGGCGCCGACGGGCAGUUUGAGCAGUGCUCCAUGUUCUCCCCGGUGGACUGGGACCUCGAUGCCAUCCUGGCCUACGGACUGAACGACACGGAGAAGUGCAGCAGUGGCUGGGUGUACCCCUCAGACCAGCCACCGUCCCUGCUGACCGAGUUUGACCUGGUGUGUGACAGGAAGGACCUCAAUGACAUUGCCCAGGCCAUCUACAUGGCAGGACUGCUCCUGGGAUCCAUGAUCUUUGGGCCUCUGAGUGACAGGAUCGGCCGCCGCCCAGUCAUUCUGAUCUCCAUCUUCCUCCAGGGCUUGUUUGGGCUGGGAAUUGCCUUUGUGCCUCAUUUCUAUGUGUACAUGGCCUUCAGGUGUGUUGUGGGGGCCUCCGUGUCAGGGAUCACCAUGACAAUACUGGCCUUAGCUACAGAAUGGAUCGGUGUCUCCUCCCGGCCAAAGGCAGUGCUCACUUCUCACUGCUGUUUCGCCAUGGGGCAGAUGAUUUUGGCUGGUUUGAGUUACGGAAUUCGCAACUGGAGGCUGCUGGAAAUUGCAGGAUCUGUUCCUAUAUUUGCCUUUUUCCUCUGUGUUGGGGUGCUCCCAGAGUCAGCUCGCUGGCUGGUGACCAAGGGCAGAAUCGAGGAAGCCAAGAAGGUCCUGCAGAAGGCGGCAGCCACCAACAAGCGCAGCCUCCCUCCAGAGCUGCUGGAGCAGUUGAAGCCCGAGAAAGAGGCCAAGUCUGGAAGUUUCCUGGAUCUCUUUAGGAAGAAGCACCUGCGGAAUGUGACUUUAAUCAUGUCGUGUGCCUGGUUUGUGAACAGCUUUGUCUACUACGGGCUGAGUCUGAACGUGACGAAUUUUGGCCUGGACAUCUACCUGACUCAGCUGGCCUUUGGAGCAGUGGAAAUCCCAGCCCGUGUUGGUUGUAUCUUCAUUCUGCAGAGGUUCGGGAGGAGGAAAACGCAGGCCGUUCUCCUGGUGCUGAGUGGCCUGGUGUGUCUGAUCAUCACCAGCAUCCCUGAAGACCAGCCCGUGGCAACCACCGUCCUGGCCACCAUUGGCAAGUUUGCUGCCUCAGCCUCCUUCUCCACCUCCUACGUCUAUGCUGCCGAGCUCUUCCCCACGGUCGUCAGGCAGACGGGCGUGGGGCUGUGCUCCAUGUCGGCGCGGGUGGCCGGGAUCCUGGCCCCGCUGGUCCGUCUCCUGGGGCAGUACCACCGGGCCAUCCCCAUGGCCGUCUUCGGGAGCGGCCCCGUGCUGGGGGGGCUGCUCUGUGUGCUGCUGCCCGAGACCUGCGGCACCGACCUGGCCGAUGGCACAGGGGACGGCCACCCCCCGGCUGAGGUCUGCGAAAAUGCCACCAGCGGCUCUCAGAAUGGGCAAGUGAAAGGGAAAGGCGGUGGCGAGGACAAUGAGAGCACGAAGACCACAUACUUCUAGCUGGGUCUGCAGGUGGCUGUGGAUAAAGGCAGCCCAGUGCUGUGUGGGCACUGAGGACAGGCAGGGUCUCUCCACCGCAGGACACUACCUUUGCUUAGGCCAUCACUGCCAAUUCUUGGGUUUCCUUGUCUUUUUUGCCUUCCUCCCUCUGUAGCUUGUCCUCAGGCACUGCAGGCUGUCACUGGUGUCCAACAGUGCUCUCACCAGAGAAAACUAGGUGCUUUUUACUUGAGGAAAAAAGAAAGAAAUCAAGAAUUAGAAUGGAGGCACUUCCUCUUUGUUUUUCCUGUUAUGUCUCCAGGAAGGUGAGACUGUAAACUUUGUCCAGUGAAACACCCACUAGAGCACUGAAUAAACUUGCAAGAGAGAACUGGGCUCACUAACAGGAGAGUUGGAGCAGAUGCAGCACUGAAAACAAUCUCACACUUGCAAAGAGUGAUUUAUCGUGACUGUCUAGCAAGAUCAUCCCCUUCUCUCAUAAAAACACUCCUUUUUUUUUUUUUUUUGUUUUUUUUUUUUUAAUUUGAGAUACUCAGCUGAGAAAAAAAAAAGUGAUGGAAGAAACAGCAUGCAGAGAGCGAGGACGUUUAACAGGCAGCAGAAUUUUCCCUUCAGUGCUAGUGGCUUUGACUUGAUGCCUGUCAUGAUGAUUUGGGCAUGGAAAAUGGUGCUCUUGGGCUGCAGUGUGGGACCAAAUUGAUUUGUCCAUUCCAGGAAACUGAGGGAUGUUGUGGCAGUUGGUCUCUUAGAAAAAAGUUUAAAUCUUUCUGGGAAAUGUUAAGUCUUUUCUACUCUGUUCUAAUCUAUUCCUUUUUUGCUGGAUCCAUUUUGUCUUUAAAAGAUUUAGGACCGCUUUUGUCUUAUACUGUGAAGAAAAAAAAGUGUUUUUCCUGUGCUUCCCUUCAUAUUAUCUCACGCCCCUCAGUCCAACUGUCUUUUCCCAUUGGAUGGGUACAGAAGAAGCCUGGGAGUUGCACAUGGUGGUUCUUCAUCUUUGACCGUAUAGCUCAAAGCUUUUUUUCUGGUAGUAUCAAGAAAUGUUAAACCAGAGUAUUUCUUCUCUCCAUGGUCAUGCCUAAAUGUUUUCCAUGGACCAAAGUACCUCAUGGAUAUUCAGUUUGAUCAAGACAGAAUUUUGGAUAAAAUCUGUGCCAUGUGACGUUGUCCUGCCAGGAGGGGACCGGCUGUGGUGCCAUUUUCUCUCUGGCACUGCUUUUCAGAGGAUUUGCUGUGGUGCUCAUCUUCAGUACCCUGAGAACAAGGGAGUUCAGUCCUUUGUCCUUUCCUCGGAAAAGGCUGGGGAGUGCCUCCUUCGGGCUUUUAUGGAAAACAAGGCAUUGAAGGUAAAGGCUGAGGGAAGAGCUUGGAGCCAAAUGUGCAGUUAUUGAAGGAACCACUUUGGAAAUUGUACUCUGAGACUCUCUGUUUUAGCUCAUUUCAUAAAUAAAGGCAUCCAAGCACAGCUGA